AUGGAUCUACUUUUCUCAUUCUUGGAGCCCACCCGUUCCCAUAGUGCUUUGUUGGCUGGUUACUUCAGCAAGGUUAUGAUAUGCCUCAUGUUGUGGAAGACAGUUCCACUUAUGAAUUAUGUUCAAGAUUUACUUUACUAUACUAAAUUACUAAUCAAGAUCUUCCCUCUUUCAUCUAUUUUAGCUUCUAAUCUUGUUAAGGCCAAUGCUAUUGUUGGGCUUUGGGGAUGGACAUUUGUUACCCUUUCAAUCGCUUCUUUAUUGAUGUUUAUCCGUUGUAGCAGUAAAGAUCCUGGUUAUGUGAAUAUGUCGGGAGGGAUAAAGAAUAUUGAUGAUGCCGAGAUAAUAAGACCCAUUCGCUCCAAACAUUGUCCUGCAUGCAAACGUUGUGUGGAACAGUUUGACCAUCAUUGCCCCUGGAUCUCAAAUUGUGUUGGAAAGCUUAUGGGAAACAUACUUUACUACUAUUGGAGAGCCCAUACAAUUGUGGUGACUAAAGAUGGCAUCUCUUUGCAACUUGGUUCAGUCCCCUUUACUGUCAUUUUUUUUUUGGAAAAUUUCAAUUCCUCUAUUGUUUUCCAUGUAUGGGCUGUAUUGAAGCUUGGAUUCUUGGAAAAAGGUAUGUUACUACUAAUGUGUUGA